CAGUAGCGAUCUAUCAAUGAAUCAUUAAUUAUAAGUCAAUGGUUUAUGACUUCAUUGUAUAGGCUUAUAAAAUCAUUCAUAAAAAAAUAAUAGAAAAUUGUAACGUAGUGAGUGCUUAAAGGUGCGUGACCGAUAACUUCCUAAUCGUGAUAUGUGAUACGUUAUCAUUUUAAUGCUUUGGAAUACGAUACACUGGUCCAGUUUAGAGAGGCGAGCUUAGUUUGGUGCGUACACUCUUUCGUCCAUAAAUCACCCAUAAAACUGAACAUUUCAUACAGAUGUGCCACAUGGUGCAACUCGUUCGACAAUCUAUUUCCGUCGAAAUCGUCAUCAAUCUUACUAUGAUUUAGUUCGACAUGUGGAAUAAACAAUCAUCGUCAGCUGGCUUUCGCGUUGGAGCAGUGCAAGUGGAGCGACAAACAUCUGCAUGACUUAGUUCGACAAUGCUGCCCACAGAUCGAACAUAAAUCUGAUCAAGGCUUCUCAGCUCAUCAUGGAGAAUGUAAAUAAAAUUUACCAUUCUUCGAAAAACUAUGUGUUCAAAUACAUUUUAGCGCUUCUUUGGACCAGCUUCAAUUUCUUCAUUUUUUGUAAAGCAUUCAGCAACUAUCAUCAAGAUGCUGCAUACUUUUACCUAAGUCGUAUCCUUGGGAACGGAUUGUGCGUGUCACGCGGUACUGCACCCGUUCUUAAUGUAACGAUGGCGAUAAUAACACUGCCAACUAGUCGAACGUUCAAUUUACUGUUGCACAAUAUUUUCGGAAGAUGCUCGCAGCGCUUGCUGGUACACUAUCUUGAGAAGGUGAAGGUAUUGCAUUUGCUGCUGGGAGUCUCGUUGAUCAUCGUAGCAAUCAUUCACAGUGUAGCACAUAUCGUUAACAUCAUCAAUUUUGUCGGUAAUUACGACGAGCGUUAUCGAGAGAUUAACUGGGCCAACGGUCCAGAUGAUAGCGUGUUUCGUUUGUUGUUCACUACUCCUACGGGAUUUUCUGGAUGGAUCAUGUUGGUAACUCUAAUAGCGAUAGCUUGUCUGGCCCAACGAUCGGUUCGCGAUCGAUUCUACAACAGUUUCUUUGCCUCGCAUCACCUAUUUCUUCUCUUCUACGGAAUGAUGUUUUACCAUCCGUUGGGCAAUAUCAUCAAAGAGCAAGUCAACAUAGACAAGCACAAGAUAAUGUGCGACUCGGUAGACAAUGUAACACUGCACAGCAAUGAUGAUCUCAUGGUAAUGUGUGCCGAACCCCCGCGAUUUGCUGCUCCUGAGAAGCAUGCCUGGAUCUGGCCAUUGAUCGGUUUGCUGAUCUAUCUAGUAGACAUUAGCUAUCGUCAUCUUACAUCGCACUCUCAACGCUAUCGUGUCGUCACGGAGCAAUGCUACGCAAUGACGGGGCAGGCGGUGCAUCUGCGCUUGCAGUUCCUUCGGAAAUCCAAGGUUAAGGUCUUACCCGGACAGUACGUUCUGCUUCAGUGCCCCUUGAUAUCGACGCUCGAGUGGCAUCCAUUUACGAUAACGGAGAUCCCGACCGACAGCAACAAUAAUCUAACGCUCACGAUCAAAGCGAGGGGAGAUUGGACGGAAGAGUUGUACGAAAGGGUUGUCCAACGUGAGCAAUUCCGGAGGAAUCUCGGUGGCGUAGAUCCAUACAGACGCAUGGAGUUCCUGCUAGACGGACCUUACCCAUCGGUUAUGAGUACAAUGAUGGAUUACAAGCGUAUACUGUUCAUCGGGGCUGGCGUUGGCAUUACGCCGUUUGUGACGAUCAUGAAGCAUCUUCUGAGGUCUAAUGUGGAAUGUCCUGCCCGAAUACAUCUUAUCUGGAUAGCCCGUAAUUUAGAAACGUUCCUGUGGUUUACGGACGAAAUCGCUCGAUUACAGGAAAAGUACUGGGCACAAAACAAACCGGAUCGUUUUCGAGUGAAACUGCACUGGACGCAAAACUACGACGAGGGGCUGGUAGAGGAGUGCUUUGGCGAUAUGUUGGCGAUCAAAUCACGCAUGCAUCGUGGCAGACCCAAUUGGAAUGAUGUGUUCCUUGAUUUGGUAACACUUUAUCCCAAGAAGCUCGUUUCGGUGUUCAGCUGUGGACCAAAAGAACUGACCAAAGAGAUCCGAGCAAAAUGCAAAGAAUACAGCCGGCAUGGAUGCACCCUGAACUACUUUCACGAGGGCUUUGGAUAGAGAGCCUUGGCCAAAUUCAAAAUCAUUCAUCCCUACUAAAUUUAAAGCCAUGAUAGUAUCGACAGUAACUCUAAGCGUAGUAGUUUGUUUCUAACGGAAAUACGAUGUUGGAAGAUUAUAUUGGUGAGCUCAAAACAAAC